GGUGUCAGUUCUCCUGUCGGCCGCGCUGAAGAGGACGAAAGUGACCCGUGGACAUAAGUGGAACAAACAUGCGUGCCUUGCAAGUAUUCGCAUUUGUCGCAGCCUGCGCCGCUGCUAACGCCGGUUACAUAGGCCACAGUGGUUAUGCUGGCCACGGUGGCUACGGCGGGCACGCUGGCUACGCUGACUACGGUGGCUACGGUGGACUAGGCGGCUACGGUGGCUACGGGGGGCACAGUGGUUAUGGAGGUUAUGAAGGGGCUGGAGGCCAUGCCUACGCAGCGCAUGGUGAUGGUCAUCAUGGGGACUAUUAUUCGCAUCCCAAAUACGCGUUCGACUACUCUGUGAAGGACCCUCACACCGGUGACCACAAGACCCAGUGGGAAACGCGCGAUGGAGAUGUUGUUAAAGGCGCAUACUCUCUCGCCGAACCAGAUGGCACCACUCGCAUCGUAGAAUACACUGCCGACAAGCACAAUGGCUUCAACGCUGUGGUCAAGCGCAUCGGCCACGCUCACCACCCGCAGGUGUAUCCUGGCCACGACGCACACGGUUACUACGGAUACCACUAAGUGGCGCUGGAAUCAAUCAACCGCUUUACCAAACGGAGUUAUAGAUGGCGUUAAGAGCAUUUAAAUAUGCGCUCGAGUUAUCUUUUGUGAAUUGACGUUCUGUGAUAUAAACUGGAUUUUCUAUGAUUUUUCCAGUAAAUAUUAAGUGUCACCAUUUGAAAAUAACAAAACCGUACAAGAUAUGUAUCGUCCCUUUUUGAAUGUGUUCUAUUGAAGAAACAUAAUUUACCUUCGUACCUAUAUAUUUUUAUUUAAAAUGAUUUGUUAUUUCAUGGUUUAAAGACAUUCGAACUGGGGCCCAUUUCUGAAAACUGAAAGUUACAAGUGGAAGUCUCUUUCCAACUUGUUAUAUUAGACAUUGACAACCACUUGUAAAUUGUAACUUGUACCUUCGAGAAAUGGGCCCCUGGUACGAAAUCCGAUGCAUAUAAAUAGGUAAUAUAUUUUUCCCUUCACUAGCUCGGAAACACGUGUUUUGUCCUUUAAUACCAGCGGGUAAAAACGCAUUUUAUCCACUAGUGGUUAAAGUAAUUUGACGUUGAAUAAAGUCAAAUUAAC